GCCAGUUGCUCCCCGAUCUCUGCUACGCCCAGCGCACGCCGCUCCGUCCUAUAACAACACACGUCCCCCCGUAUGUACCUCGAAAAAAUACGGGUUUUUUUUGUUCAAAUUUUGUGAAACCUCGAAGUGUGAAAUUUAGCCGCGUGAUGCGUAUUUGUUUUCGUUUUUCCGUUUGUUCUACGUCGAAUUGACUUUCCGGAGUGCGUUUCUCGACGUGAAAAUCUAUUUCCACGCGGAUUUUGUGGUGCGUUUUGAACUUGUUGACCUAACACGACGUGUACAGUGUUGUUGAAUUUAUUUUUUCCACGCAGUUUCCAUUAGUUUUGCUCUAUAUGACUGAAAUAUUUGUCGUACCUCUAAAUCAUUGUAAGUGGGCCUUUUUAGCGGUGUUUUCUAAGUAAGCGGGUAGUUCCGCGAUUGUUGUAGGGGCGAAUAACUCCCUCCGUUUUCCCAACAGCCCACCGUCCGGUGUCCUAUAAUUGUGCGUUUUUCGCUGUUUUUUCUACUCGCACUUUCAGGGAAAAAUCUCCUUCGUCAUAUAUCAAUUGUCUAUUUGAGUUAGGUGUGAUCUCUCCAUUAAAAACUUUCCUCCAAGUUUAUCGAUUUUCCAUUAGUUUUUCUAUUAUUUGGCCAAUAUGAAAAAAGCCAGAUCCUGACCAUGGCAAAAAUGAACUGACCCUCGGCACGCUCUAAAAACAAAAUGUGAAAUUUCCGGGACCCCUCAAACGUCUUUCAGUGCGCUUUAUCAAUUAACUCUGACCUCAUUUACUUGUGCACGAGCUCAUGUUCCCUCAUCACCCAGACUUCCAUCCGCGGUAUCGGAAGAUGGAGUCCUCCUCUCCGAGCAGCUGCAUGGACCAGUUCGCUUCCUCGCCGGACACCUCAACGAUGACAUCACGACUGGCCGAAUCGGAGAUCCCCCUUGACUGUCUGCGGAACCGGCGACGGAAACCGGACUUUAACUUCAACAACGUGCCGUACUUGGUGAAGCACGAGGAGUACAACACGACGACGUACAACAAAACUCCGUCGUACAGCAAGCCGCCGCCGUUGUCGCGAGUGACGUUCUCCCCGGAACAGAUCUCCUGCAUGUGCGAGGCCCUGCAACAGGCCAACGACAUGGACCGUUUGGCCGAGUUCGUGUGGUCCCUGCCGGAGAGCGAGCAGCUCAAGGGGCAGGAGGCCGUCUUGCGGGCCCGCGCCCUCAUCGCCUUCAAGAAGGGCCAAUUCAAGGAGCUCUUCGAGAUCCUGGAGAAACACGAGUUCAGCCCGAAGCACCACAAGAAGCUCCAGUUCCUGUGGUACGAGGGGCACUACAAGGAGGCCGAGAACACAAGAGGAAGAGCGUUGUGCGCGGUGGACAAGUACCGGCUGAGGAAGAAGUUCCCGCUCCCGAUUACCAUCUGGGACGGAGAGGAUACCGUCUACUGUUUCAAAGAGUCAGCGAGAAAAGUCCUCAAGAAGUCCUACAUGACGAGCCGCUACCCCACUCAGGACGAGAAGAGACUCCUCUCCAACGAGACGGGGCUGACCAUGGUCCAAGUCUCGAACUGGUUCAAAAACAGACGGCAGAGGGAUCGGCCGCCGGCGAAAUCGAGUUCAGGGAGCUCGGAGGACCUGUUGCCGACGUCUUCGCUGAUGGGGAGCAGUCCCUCAACGGCGUCGAUGAAGUCGACGUUCAGCUACGGGGGCGUCGCCGGCGUCGGGGGCACCGAGACCCUCCGCGCCGGCUCCAACGACCAGAACCAAGUGCUUUACUCCGCAGCCAACUACCAUUUUUCCGGUUGCCAUGGCUACGAGACCUCGCUCCUCCCUCUAGCCGCCGUAUCCCACGCUUAGGGCUCCAACAGCCCCCCUUCCCUCUUCCGAGCUUAGAGCUUUUCAGACAAAGCACUCUGUUUACCGCCAAAGAUGUCCUUCCAGUGGCGUGGCGUGAAUUGCGAUGUAUCGAUUCUUAUGCCAUUUAAACCUAUGGUAAAGAAUCGAUUAUUAAGGUGUUCGCUGUCUAUCGAUCCUUUUCCAUAGGUUUAAAUGGCAUUACAAUCGAUGUAUCGCAAAGCACGCCACGCCACUGGUACUUAGCGCCCGAGAACAUCCGGGGGAAAACAGCGGAUUAAUCAUUCGAACCUAACUUCAUACACUGAUUAGUACGGAUUCAAGCAGAAUCGACCCGGCUACAUCAGGCAUUAUUGCCUAAUUUAUUCUUUUGGUUUAAUUGUUCAACAGAGCGGAAUCUCGUAAAAGUAUUUUUUAUUACCUUGCACGGAGAAAAAAACGUCGUGCGUGGGACCCGAGGUUGAGGUCAUAUGGAUCUCUGAAGUUUUCGGAUC